AUGGAGGUGCUUGUCGACUACUGGAGAGCUCCGUUGCGAUGCCGACCGUACAGCAAGCUCGAGGCCCUCGACAACCAGCCAGAAGUACACGGAGGCAACGAAGAGUACUGGCACCAGAAGCGGCGGAGUGUGGUUCCACCAAAGGAUCUGAUCAACAGGAGCCAGACUGAGUGUGCGAAAAGACAGGGCCACGAGUGCACAACCACCAUGAUGCAGCACAUCACGGGCUACACUGUGUCCAUCAACACACUCAAUUCCGCCGACACCUUUACGAGCUGGGGCGCACAUGAUGACACCGACAUUCUCCGAGCCCCACUGGGCCUGGAAAAUGUUGCCCCGUUUGACGUCAUCAAGCCGCUCGAGGACGAGAAACACGACCCGGGAGUACAAAGCAGUGCUGCCGGUGCCAACGAUUUGUAGAGAGAUCGCGGUUGGAUGAUAAAAAAAAUGAACAGUGGAGUCUCAGGUGUUGUUUUGUUGUUAUAUUGGUUGCCUUUUCUGACGGUGGGUGGAUCCUGGUUUUGCGCUUGGUUCUUGAUCAUGUUGCUCUCUUUGUAUAUAUCGCAGGAAAUAGACACAUACAGCAGUAGAGUGCAUCAGAACACCUCUGUAGACUCCGAUUCGUUCUACACAUACCUUCCCCACCCGCCGGUUAGCGGCUCCAGUCGUGCCGCCUGCGGGGCUUGGUGGUGUUCCGUACGGUGAGUAGCACGACACGUCAGGCUUGGGGGGGGGGCAUGCAAAGGGAGGGUAUCUACCGUUGGCAGAGGUGUUGGGUCGGGAUUGAAUGUGACAAGAUUGGUAGAAGACGUGAAGAAGGGGCAACGAGAGGUUUCAAGAUGGAAAAUCACCCAAUUGAUCAGGGUCAAGCUGCAAUAACUCAAGCAAGUGCUUAUGUAGAUCCUGACCAGAAGAUGGCGGGCGCGUCCAAAACGUUCAUCAACAUUAGCUAAGGAUGAUUGAAAGAUUGAAGAUUGAAAAUCGGUUUCUGGGCCAAGAAGAAGAGUGAUUUGCGGUGUUCGGGGAAGAAAGGAGUGGCAUGCAUAUACAUGUCGUCAUAUUUCUUGAAUGUCAAUGGCCUGCUGAUGACCGCCUGGCAUUAGAAGAAGAGGUGGCUGUGUGCGUCCUGUCCA